AUGUCUUCCGCCAUGGACCUUGAUGAUGCAACCCCGCCAAAGUGCUUCAUCAAGGAGCUACCUCUUGAGGUGCUCCUGCGUAUCACAAAUUCCUUGAAAACCGAGGAAUUGGGCAAUUUCCGCCUGACUUGCCGGGGAAUCGAAGGACUGCUUCAUAACUCAUUUGCCCGCGAGUUCUUCUCUUGCAAACAGUUCAUGAUCUCCGACUUCAGUCUACAGGCACUUAUCGACAUUUCCAAGAGCCGAAUGGGCCGUCACCUCACCAAGCUCCAGAUUGGCUUUGAGCAGUUCAUGCCACCGCAUUCAAUCUUUGCACACACUGUACAGAUGCGUGCCCGGGAGUACAGAAUGCGAGAUGUUGAGGACAUCAUGUUUUAUCCCAACCGCGCGGCAGAGCUCUACGGCAACCAGUGCACCCUGUGGGGCUCCGGUGCUGCUAACGAGAUGCUUACUGAGGCCCUUCGGAACCUGGAGAACCUCCGGGAUGUGGUGCUUCGGGACUGUAACUCCAAGAGAAGGAGCCGCGACUGGCCCGCUAACGAAUGGAGGAGCUACGGAAUUACCACUGCCUUGAGACAGGCUGGUGCGCUGGUCAGCCUCGGCUCGCAGAGCGCCUCUUACCAGUUCGCAAACAUCGCAGACCAGAUCUUCAGCCUGGUUCUUCAUGCCCUGGGCAGAGCCAAUGUCAAGCCCAAGGGAAUCGAAAUCAUUUGCAGACACUCAUGCCAUCUCAGCGACUACGCCUUUGCACUCCCCAAAUAUUCGAAGCCAAUCGUUGUCCCUGUUAUAGAGGGCUUGGAAAAGCUGCAUAUCACAGUGGACGGGAUUGAGGGCACCCCGGAAAACAUCAACAACGUCGAGACGCUCUUUGAGAGGUUCAUAUACCACGCCAAGAAUCUGCAAGAUCUUCGUAUCAAUGGCCCGACGGGACGAAAAGGUAGUCUUCGUCCACUCCUCAAGUGCCUGGGCAAUACGACACCAGAUGCAGCGGAUCAAGGCAUUGUUCAAUUACCAAAGCUCAAAGCUCUUAGUCUUGGCUUCAUGGAAUCCGAAUCGGAUCUAUACCUGGCGGUAGCCGAGAAGUUUGCCCCCACACUCGAAACGCUCGAAUUGUGGAAGGUGACGAUGCGCCAGUCCGCGCAACUCAGAGAAUCCAGGGCUGAUCUCGAUACGGACGAUGAUGUUGUUGCUUGUCGACACUUCUGCAAGAAACUUUUGAAAAUCCCAAAUCUCAACCUUCAUCAUUUGGCGAUCGGCUGUUUGGCAGAAGUAGACCACCGAAAUGACGUGACACCUCUUGGUGUUCAGUUCGAUGGAAAGGCUCAGAUAAAGUACAUUGGUAUUGACUGGCGACAUUUCCUCAAGGCCCUAAUUGAGUCGAUUGGCCUUGCUCCUGGAAACCAACAAUCGCGGCAGCCAGACGAUAAUUUUGAUGAUGAUGAUGGUGGUGAGGAUGAAGACGAGGAUGUAGAUGGCGAUGACAACUACUGA